GAGUUCUGUGUUGCCCUUGAUACACUCUUCAAUACGUUGGGAGACACACACAAUUGGUUCAUGUUCUGUAUCAACCUGAACAACUCCCAACUCCCAAACCAGCUGGAAGGAUGGUCAGUCAAGGGUCAGGUAUGCAGCUCAGGGUUGGUUGAGAUUGUGAAGAGGAAUGCAUGUAUGUUUGAGGUUGGUAUGACUCUGGAUGAAUUUUGUCAGAGGUACAGGGAU